GCACCAGCACCAUCAACCCUGAACCAUCAUCACGCCCACCCACCAUGUCAGAAUCCCGAUCCCUCUCCUCGGUGGAGAAGAAGCGGCUGCGCGACCGUCGCGCCCAGCAGGCCCUGCGCGAUAAGAAGCUGCAGUAUACGUCCCAGCUGGAGGACAAGGUGGCGCACUGCGAGCGGUAUCACGAUGACUCGGCGGCACAGCAUCUGCUGCAGGUGAUUGAGGGGCUUCAGAGGCAGAAUGAGGUUCUCCAGAGGAGACAGGAGGGGCUGAAGGCUCUUGUGCAGGGUUGGGAAGAGGGCACAGAUACAGUCCACGAUGACCACAGCCACAACCACGACCACAGCCGUCUCGACUCAACCAGCACCCCAUAUCGCCAGCCAACACUCCCUCCACAGCCACCAAUACCUCAUAGUCCCAUCCAUACUGCUCUCCCCGAACUCCCCCUCCCCCUCCCUGUCACCACCACAGGAGACUCCCCUAUCCCAAACACCCACACCCACACAGACUCUUCAAAGCCACCCCCACCCCCUCACCCUCACCCUCACCCUCACCCUCAACCCCUCUCCACCCUCCUCCCCCUACACUCCGACCACGGCACGCUGCUCUACCUCUCCAACCGCAGCAUGAUAAUCGCCUCCCCGCCCUCCCCCUCCCCGCUGGACCUAUUAUACGGCACCAAAUCCAACCCCCUCGCCAACGCAAUCUACACCUUCUCCCUGCACCGACCCCUCCGGGAUCCCGAACGGCUCGCCUUCGGCUGGCUGAGCUACCACUACGCUAAAUGGCUGACCAGCCCCUCGCCCACCACAUUCAUCAAACUCGCGCCCUUCAUGCGUCCCACCCCGGAGCAGCUCACCAUCCCGCACCCCGCCAGUCUCGAUCUGAUCAUCUGGCCUGCGCUGCGCGGGAACUUGAUCAGGGAGUGGGGCGCGUACGCAAGGCAGAAGGAUGACUUGUUUGGCAUCCUGGCGUGCUGUAUUCGGGUCAGAUGGCCGUGGGGGCGCAGCGUGUUGGAACGGGAUGAGAGGAAUGAGUUGGUUAUCAGGGGGGAGUUUUUGGAGACCUUUAUGAGGUUGGAUGGGUGGGGGAUUACGAGGGAGUUUGUCAGGUGUUAUCCGACUGUGUUGAAGGGGAUUGAUGUGGGGGGGAUUUUGCAUGAGGUUUUAUGAUCAUGG